UCCCUAUUAGUCUGUAUCCCGAUUGACUUUUAUAUAAAUUUUGUUGUCCUUGCUUAUUAAGGCUUGGUGGAUAUCAUAAAUUAUGAGGUYCACGCUCCUCCUGUAGUCAUAGAUUCUCUUCUUCAAAACGUCAAGCCCCAGAAGACAACCUUCUUUGCAACCCAAACCAAUUUUAUGCAAAGUCUGCUUGUCUUGUUAUAUACUGAUUCUGUCAAGAGAUAUCUGAACUGAGCUUAAAGUCCAUGUCCAGUAGAUGUGAUACAAUGAACCCCAGGACUUCAUAGCUUCCGAGGUUUGCUUGUCGAGAGAACAUCCAUCCUUACCAGCAAAGAUUGAUAAAAUCUUGAUACUCUAGCUGAGCGGCCAUGAGCCAGCCACAACAGCAAAGGGAAUCUGGAUUGUCCUUCCAGUUAUACCAGAGCGAGAAAUCCGAUGCACGAAGCAAAGAAGUGUUGGGCGAUGACUACAAGUCGUACACAAAAGUCCAGAGAACUACAAGAGGCUUAUUUGAUGACUCGGAUUUGACAUUUCAACGGUAUGACUCCGCAAGAGACACAUUUCUCGAUCUCGAGGCUGCAUAUAGAAGAACUCUACUUCAACUCGACAAUGAGAAAGAAACUCACUCGAAGCAGGUUGCCAAACUGAAUAACCAAAUCGAUCAACUGACACGUCAAAAUCAAAAGCUAACCGAGCAACUGAGCAGCUUCAAGUACGAAAACAAGAAACUACAAGACGACUUUAAUCAAACACAGCGAAAGCUACGCGACAGAGAAUGGGAAAUCGAGUCCUUGAAACGGGAUGUAAGCUCUCGAGAGAACACUAUCGACAAAUUCCGUUCAGAAAAGGCUGCUCUGGAACUUGAGCUGGAAACGUUGCGGAAUGAGAUGUCAAUGCAGGUCAUGCAGGCCCCAGAGGUGGAGUCUUCAGUAGAUGAGUUUGAGUUCUUUUCRAUGCGUGAUCAGUUGACGCAAUUGCAAAGCGACUACCAGUUGAUUGUGGAUGAAAGGGACAACUUGAUGAACGAAAAUGCUGAAAUGCAUGCUAAAAUGUCCGGGCUUCAGAGCGACAUCGACAAAUAUCAACGCGAGGCAAAGUUGGCUGGAAAGAACGAGACUCACAUCGUUACAAAGUAUGAGGUUCAGAUUCAAAAUCUUAGCAAAAAGAGAGAUAUUCUUCGUGGUCAAUACGAUAACUUGAGAGAAGAACUCAAACGUGCUCGUGAGACUAUCGCUCAACUACAAGCUGAAGUAUUGGAAAAUCAGUCCAUUGCCAACAGGUUUAAAGAGGAUAACGCCAUGAAAGCCCAUAAGAUUGACARUCUGAAUGCYCAGAAUGACGAACUUCAAGUGAAACUAGACAAGCUCAGAGCACAACUGUCGAAAACCGAGGCGGAGCUUGAGUUACURCGAAGGCAGUCGUCUUCUCGAGAGGAUAUGUUGAAAUCCUACGAAAAGAAGAUGCAUGACUUAGAAGAUGCUUUAGCGAAGAUGCAGUCGGAGAGAGAUACGUUGGAUAGCGAACUGAUAAUUGCUAACUUGAAGAUUGAAGAUUUCGAGAAGUCAAAGUUAAAGUGGAAAGAUCGRGUGCAUGAAUGGGAGUCUGUUGAAGUCAUGAUGAAGAAACAAAUCACUGAUCURAGCCAAGAGUUGGAAACAACAAAAGGGAAGUUAACUGAUCAAGUUGACGGCGAUGUGGUAAAACGUGUCGAGGAACUACAAUCUCAACURGAUGAGUCYACUUUAACCAUCAAAGAUCUUCGAUCAGAGUAUGACAUGGUUUCUAGAGAGCGAGAUGACCUAAGAAAAGAACUGGAUACGUUAACAUCUAARAUUACRUCCACCACAGAAACUCUUCGAAUCCGCGASUCUGAGAAAUCUGACCUGGAAAGACAACUGACCGACCUCAAAAAUAAGUUGUCUCGGUUUGAGUAUCAGAUCCAGACACUGACAGCUUCGCGCAACAAGCUAAAGACCGAUCUUGAAACGGAGAAGAAUAAGUCAGCAGAUGCCAAAAGAGAGCUAGUGAGAAUUGAAAAUGARCUCGUGGAAGCAAAAAGAAACGCAGACCGACUMACRUCCGAUAUCGGUAGAAAGACCAAGACCAUAGAAGAGCUGAAGACAAAAAUAACUACACUUGAAGACCAAAUUGACAGCUACCGUGAAGAGGCACAGGCUCUUGARGUGAAAAUCCAACAUCUGGAGCACGAAAAGGAGGAUCUUCAUAAUCAGCUACUUGAACUACAGAAGCACCUUCAAGAGGUGGAAUCCAAUUACCGUGUUGUAACAAGUGAGCGAGAUCGCAUUAAUACCGAGCUCCAAACAUGCUACAAACAAAUAGCUGAUCUGGAAUCCAAGUACAAAGUUUGUGAAGAUAAGAAGGAUGAUUUCGAACAUAGAAUUAUUGUCUUAACUGAGAARAUCGGACGGCUGGAGGACGAUGCUGAUAGUUURCGAAAGGACAACACAGUACUUGAAGCCGAGGUCAAAGAGCUGAAAGAAUGGAAAGACAAUUCCAUCCAAGAAAAUGAUCAACUGAGAAGAACCCUAAGGGAUCUGAAGACUCUUUCAGAAUCUUACGUGAAAGAAAUUGAACAAAAGGAUGUCAACAUCGAAGAUCUUAAUGCCAAACUCAAGCAACUUGAAGACRAAAAGGAAACAGUAACAGACGAACUGACGACACUUCAAAGUCAAUAUAAGACUAUUAAGGAUGAAAACCAACGACUACAAGACAAACUUGACGCUGCAAAUGACGAGGUUGCACGACUUGCAGCUUUAUAUGAUACUACAACACAAAACAAAGAACAGCUUGUCAAUGAAGCUACCGUUGUCCAAAUGAAGGUAUCCGAGGUGGAGUCAUCGUAUAUGGAUAGCGUCCAGAGAGAGAAAGAUGUCUCGUCKUUACUUGACGAAGAGCGUGACAAAAACCGAUUCCUUGAAAUGGAAAUAGAGGAGUUGAAUAAGACAAUUUCUGAAUUGAGAGAACAGGUCGCUUCCCGGCAACGUGACGUUGACAGGCUGGAAAAUGAUAUGGAUGUCGCGGAAGAAAAAAUAAUAUCCUUGAACCUGGAAAUAGAAAAGAUCAACAACGAAAAAACUACGGARUAUAAUCGACUUCUAGCUGCAGAAAACCGCCUAAACGAGCUAGAGAAAGAGAURGAGGCGACAAGACAUGAAAAGGAUGCCGCAGAAAAGGAGAUGUAUGCCUUGCAAACAAAGGUCUCCAAAAUGGAAACCCAACUCGAAACAAGCAAACGAUUGGUAGGACAACUCAGAGAACAACUCAAUAAUGUCAACGCAGAACUCUUGGACUACAAAGAGAGGCUCAUGCAAAUUGAAAGUAAAUCUUUACAGAAUSAGAAAUUCAGUGAGACCCUAAACUCAGUCAUCUCCAARAAAGAUAAAGUCAUAAGCSAACUAAACAGCAAGAAUCGUGCACUCCAGGACGAACUAGACAAGGCUAAAAGGCAAUUGACCAAAGUGAAUUCUGAUAAUGAUUCGCUUAAGGUUAGCAAGGAAGAGCUCGAAAAGCGAAUCGUGAUGAUUACCAGUAAGUCAAAAGACCUUGAAGACGAGAUGAGAGCUCUCAAAGAGAAACGUAACAGUYUAGAGCGAGAUCUGAGCACCAAAGAUCACGAGAUGACAAAGCUUGAAAUGCAGAUUCCACCCUUGAAGAAAGAGCGUGAUCAAYUGAAGGACGAUAUCGAAACUCUUAGACAAGAAUACCGAAAGAUCAAAGAAAACAUGUUGAGCGUCCAGAAUGUGGUGAAUGACCGUGACAGAACCAUCAGCAAUCUUACAAAAGAAAUCAAGGAAAGAGAAAAAGUAAUUGAUAAUCUCAAGAACAACAAGAAAACACUGUCAGAAGAAGUGUCUAACCUUAAGUCAGAGCUGGAAACUGUUCGCUAUAAUAGCCAGGAAAAGAUCAGAGAACUACAAGAAAAACUAAAUAGCACCAACCUUCACGUUUCCAGAAUUGAGACAGUGGUAACUACGUCGCAGCGUGAAAAAGAUCUUCACGAAAAAGAAAAGAAAGACUUCGARAACAAGGCCUAUGAUAUGGAGAAUCUCUACAGAGCCAGUCAAGACAAAGAAUCAGACUUAAAGAACGAGGUCCAGUCUCUAACAUCCAAAGUCAAUCACAUCGACUCAGAGUAUAAGAAGUCUCAGAAACGUAUUAUUGAGCUUCAGCAUCAAGUGGGGAUGCUGGAAAGAAAGAUCACCGACUUAGAAGGAGCUAAUGAAAGGGCGGUUCGUGACAAGAAGGACUUAAAGGAAUCAUUGGUUACUGCAAAUGCCAAGAUUACUGAACUCGAGCUAAAAACUGAAUACGACGAUAAAGAGAUAGCAUCUCUGAAAAAGCAGCUUGACGAUGCGUUAAAUAGGAGUUCCACAAGUCGCGAAGAGUACCUUAGGCUUGAGCAACAAUUGAUAGAAAUGCGACUAGUAGCAGAUUCUGCUCAAGAGAAGCUGAAUGAGAAAGACAAUGUCAUUUACCAGUUAGAAUCUUCAAGAAACCACUUGCAGGACGAAAUAGAGAAUUACAGGACCACUAUCGUCACUAUUGAAAAGGAAAGAGAUAGACUUAAAGAUGAAAUAGACCAGAUGAAAGACGWUAACAUAGAACUAAGUAGAACCGUCCAGGAAUACGAAGGAGAGAUUAAACGAGUUACAUUGGAGCGAGAUCGUAUCAAGAAUGAAUAUGACUCAAGCCAGAAUAAAAUAGCAACACUUGAAGAACGGAUCAUAGCCAUGAGUCGCAGCGACGAAGACUCCAAAGAAAAGACAAAUGAGCUGCGGAACCUUCUAAAUACUCACAGAGACGAGCGAAUGGCCAUGGAGAARAAUGUAAACGAGCUUCAAAGUAAGCUGAAUAUCUAUAUUAUAGAUUUAGAUAAUAAGAACAAGGCCAUUGAAGACAUUACGAAUGAACGAGAUCAACUUGCAAGACUGGCUGACAACCUGAAACGAGAUAUAGCCCGUCUUCAAGUAGAUUAUGACAGAGUGUCCAAGGAAAAGAAUGACAUCGAAAAGAACUAUAAAAUCAUAGAAGAAAAGUACAUAACCAUAGAGAACAUCUUUGAAGGCAACAAAGGAGAAACUAGUGGCCUAAAAGACGAGAUCGUAGGAUUGCGAAAGCGCUACCAAGACAUAGAAAAUGCAAAUAAAACAAUGAAUGAUAAGGAUAAAGAGGUUCGUGAAAGGAUCUUAGUUUAUGAAAGCGACAUCUCAAGACUCGAAUCGGCCAACCAAAUUAACAACGAGCGAAUCAUGGAACUAGAACAUGAUUUGAAAGCCGCUAACGAGGAGCUGGCACCGCUGUACGAAUCUCGCGAUCGCGCUGUUAGCGAGCUAGAUACUGUCUCUCGUGAUCUCGAGGAAUCACGGACAUACGUCAAGAAGUUAGAACGGCAAGUUGACGACUUGAAGAAGGAGAAAAAAGCUCUCGAAGUUCAGUUGGCGGAGAAUAUGGGUAAUAUUCAAGCAAACGAGUCUCAAUUACUGAACGCUGAGAGGCAGCUUCAGGAAGCUCUUUUCAGCAGAGAUAAUACUGAUGUCGCAGAUGGUUUGGAUACCGUCAAGAAGGAGCGUGAUGCAUUAAAUAAAGAGGUAUACAUCUUGAGAGAGGAGCUGACGACGACCAAAUCUAAUUACAACACAACUCUGCAGAAGAAGGAAGACUUAGAAAAAGAAGUAUUUUCUUUACGAAGACAAGUUACUGACUUCAUAGCAAAAAUUAAAAGUCUUGAGCAGGAGAAUGAAGAUCUCAACCGUGAGUUAAUCAAGAACCAGAAGAAGACUUCAGACUUUGAAGAGCAAAUCCAUCGCCUUGUCACUGAAAAGAGUACCAUUGUGGAUGAGCUGAAAGAAGUACGUAGCAGACUAGACAAACAGAAGGAGAUCAACAUGAAUCUAGAAAGGCAAGUCAUGGAAUUGAAGUCUGGAAUUGAUGCACUGGAACGAACGGUGGAAGAAAACAAUCACCAAAUGGAAUGGUAUCGUAACACCAACAAGACAUUUGAAGAUGAGAUUGCAAAUCUAAGGAAAAAGCUAUCGACAUUCAGGACGGAAAAUGAUCGACUUCUCCAAGACAAUGCAGCGUUGACUUUGAAGAUUCAAGAACUGGAAUCGAAAAAUGCAGACUUGGAACACAAAGUAGAAGUUGUUGAGGGUGAUAAGAACAAGCUUCGGCAAGAGAACAUAGCCAUAACUUCAUCAAUGAACGAAUACAAGAAUAGCCAUUACACUCUUAAGAAAGAAGUCGACCGCCUUCAAAACGAAGUCACAUCGCUCAAUCGAAAAGUGGUAUAUCUGGAAACUCGGAAUGGAGCUUUAGAGGCUGACAAAGACCGAUUGAAAAAGGAUGUUGGCAACUUAAAGAGAGAUAACUCCGAGCUAAGAGCACGUGUAGAGGCUUUGUUGAGUGAGAAGAACAGACUUCAAAAUGAGAUAACAGUCGUACAGAAGAAAUACACCGAGAUCCGAUCCUCUUAUGAUGAAAAACGUGAUAAGAAGAAGCCAGAUCCAAAUCUUCAAAAGAAGUACAACGAUUUACAGGAAACGUAUCAGAAGGCUCUCAAAGACAAAGAAGAGGCCGACAGAAAAUACUUGGAAGCCAGUCGACAAUUAUCGAAGCUUGAGCUUGAACAUGGGGAUUAUGCUAGAAAUAUUGAUUCAAUGAAUCAUGACUUGAACAUGAAAAUCAAGAGAAUCGAUGAGCUCCAGGAUACUUUAAAUCUUCUUCAAGGAAAAGAUGUUGUUGAUUCAAGUGACUAUAAAGCCCUUAGAAAGAAAGUCAUCAACCUUGAACAAGAGUUACAAGCAGCUAAUAAUAAGAUCUAUCGGUUAGAGGCCUACAAGGCUUCAUACGAAGAGAAAUUCCAAAAGAUGCAAGAGGAUUUGGUAGCGGCUCAACAGAAGACUGCUCAGGCUGAUAGCGCACUCCAAGAAGCGUACGAAGAAAUCAGUAUUUUGAAAAAGGAAGCCAUGGACCUCAAGAGGAAGAAUUCUGAUCUUGAAACCGCAUACCAAUCAGCCAACAACGCCAAAAAUGAACUUCGUCGUACCCUACAAGAACUGCAGAAUACAGUGUCAACGCUGGAAGAUGAGCUACAAGUAGAACUGAAGCAACAAGCUCAACUCAAAGGAAUCUUAGAGCAAACUAAAGUCCGUAACGAGAACCUCAAGGAGGAUGUCACUAAACUGCAGAAGAAAUUAAUAGAUCAACAAAAAUACUACGAGGAUCAACUAAAAGAUCUUGCAGAGAUGAGAGCAAUUAUUGGAAGACUACGAGAUGACAAUCAAACGCUGGAAAAUGAAAACGACACCCUAAAGAGAGAGCUUGAAGUAGUUCGACAUGACUUGGAAAACGUUAACCAAGAAUUGCGUGAUACUAAGUAUGAUCUUCAAAAGCUACAGAUUCAGCAUUCAGAGCUUGAAAGCUCAAUACGUCUACUAAGAGACGAGAACGAAAAGCUCAAAGCUGAACUUGAGUCCAUAAAACGACUGUAUGACGGGCUACGAGUAACGUACGAGGAAAGCGUUAUCGUCCAAUCUUCUGAUGUGUCGGAAUUGGAGGCUCUUCCCGAAAUGCCGGAUGAUUACGAAUCUAACAAGCUGGAGACGGAUAGACUUACAAGCGAAAACGCAGCGCUUAAAGGAAAACUUGAUUCCCUUGAACAGACGGUCUCAGUUCUAAAAGACGAAAGGAAGAAACUUCAAGACAAAGUCCUUGAAUUGCAGAAGGCUGCUUCAGAUAAGGCCUUAGAACUUCAAACUAUGAGUGGAGAAAAGAACAAACUUAUGAUUACUGUAGAGACGUUGGAGCGCAAAAUUGUUGACUUGCAGCAAGAACAGACAGAAUUAGUAGAGGAGAGAGAGUCUCUACUAAAGGAACUCGACAAGAUGGAACGCACGCUGCAUGACCUUGUCAUUGAGACGCAAAAGUCUAAACAAGCUGAAGUAUCAUCUGAACAAAUCUUUUCUACAAUUGAAGCAGACUACAAGAAACUUCAAGAGCACGAAGCAGAGCUUCAGGUGGAACUCUUGGCUGCACUUAAGAGGGUGUCACAACUAGAACAUGACCUGAAAACGGAACAAGACCGAUCAGGAGGAGCCACUGAUUCAAACAAAGCAUUGGAAGAUCGGUUAGCAACAUUGAGGAAGGAAAUUGUCACUUAUCAAGAAACUAUUUCAAAGCUUGAAGCAAACUAUGAGAUUGGGCAAGACAAGAAUAAAGACUUGCAAAAUGAGAUAAGAGAGCUAGAGGACAAAAUCAGGGACUUAAAGAAGUCGAAUGAUAUUGCGCAACAGAAUAAAACUGAUCUUGAGAAUGAAGUCAUUUCGAUUAGAAGCAAGAUGAAGAAAUUAGAGAUUACCAUUGAAGAAGAGAGGAAAGCCAAAGAAACGUUUAAGAAUCAGUUGGAUGACUACAGAAGACGAGGAGACGAUCAGUCUAAAGAUUUUGGAACCAGAAUUACAGAAAUUCAGACGGAGGUGGAAACAUACAGAAAGGAUAUCGGUGAAAAAGAUCGACUCAUCUCCUCUUUACAAUCCAAACAGGUUGAUCUUGAAAGUGACAUCUCUAAACUUAAAAGAGAUUUAAACAACAAGCAAGUCGACUGCGCUCAACUUACUAGAGAGCUUGAGAAUUCAAACAAAGAAAGAUCAGAGAUGGAAAUUCAGAUAAACGGGCUUAAAGGACAAGUUCGUAACUUUGAAAUAUUGAAUGAUGAGGGUAAUAAAGACAAGUCUGAACUUCUCGUUCAAAUUGAAGAGAUACGAAGAAAGAAUGACAAUGAAAAGCGCGAAAAUUCAAAUCAAGUCAGCGAGUUUAGGAUACAAAUUGAUGGGCUGCGAAAAGAUAUCAUCACUAAAGAUACAACAAUCAAAGAAAUCACAGACAAGAUGCAGACGGUCGAACAUGAAUUAUCAAACAUAAAGAAAGAAAUGGUGCAGAAGGAAGAAGAUAACGUUCACCUUGCUAAGACGGUGGAAGAACAAAAGCGAUAUCGUACUGAAUUAGAAAUUGAGGUUGGAAGCCUAAAGAACAAAGUUGCAACUCUUGAAGUGAAGAUUGAAAGCGGGAAAAAGGAAAUCUCCAAUCUGCAAAUCCAGCUGGUUGAGUCUAAAACGCACGGAGAUAAAGAAAGUGAAAAGCAUGUUUCCUUUGUCAGUGAACUCCAAACGACAUUGGAGAAUACCAAGAAGGAUGUCAACACCAGAGAUGAAGAGAUCGAACAUUUGAAGGGUGAAGUAGAGCUAGUAAGGCGUGAUAUGUACACCAAGCAAGCCGAAUGUUCUAAUGCUGUAGAAAAGAUAGAAAAAAUCCAAAUUGAAAAGACUGAACUCACGAUACAAAUCAUGGAUCUUAGAGAAAGAGUGAUUUUCCUUGAGGGAGAAUGCCAAAAAGAGAAAAUCGAGAAAGAAAGCCUCCAACAGACACUAACUGAUCUCAAGAGAAAAGGUGACUCUGACUCAGAAUACAUGAACAAAGAGAUCGUCGAAAUCAGCACCCGCGUCGACAACUUUAAAAAGGAAAUUGUUGAAAAAGAGACAGUUAUCGAGAAGUUGCGUUUCCAGGUCACUACCUUCGAGCGAGACAUGGAAAAAUUACAAAGAGAUUUUAAUAACAAGAAGAAUGAGUGUGAUGGCUACAUCUUUGAAAUUGAAAAGUUGACUCAAGAAAAAUCAGAAGAUGAAAUAAUUAUAGAACAGUUAAAGAACAAGAUUAGCAAGCUAGACAGGCAAUUGGCUGAUCUACGAAAAGACAAAGACAUGGUUGUCGUCCAGGUUGAAGAGCUUAGAAGCAAAGGGGUCAGCGAAAGUAGCGUCCUUAAUGACCAAAUCACACAGUUCCAAACGCGUAUUGAAGAGUACCGAACAGAAGUCAUCGAAAAGGAGACGGUGAUUGAGCGAUUACGUAUGAUGGUCUCCAACAACGAUUCUGAGCUGGAUCGUCUGAGACGUGACCUAGAAACCAAGGAAUCUGAAUGUAACGGGUACAUCAAAGAAAUCGAGAGGUUGAAUCAGGAGAGGUAUGAUUUCGAAGCUGAAAUGUCAACUGUUCGCAACGAUUACAACAUUGUCAUCAAACAGCUAGAUGAAUCGAAAGCAGACAACGAGCUAACGGAAGGAGAAACUCAAAUUUUAACUGAAAAGAUAAUGGAGAUUGAAACUAGAGUCCAGGCAUACAAACAAGAACUUAUUGAAAAGGAAACACUUAUAGAGAAACUUAGAAUCUUGAACAACUCCAACGAGCAGGAAGUAGAAAAACUCAAGCGUGAUCUUGAUAACUGCAUGACUGAAUGCAAAGGAUAUAUAAAUGAGAUUCAAAAGUUGAACAAUGAAAAGGCAGACCUAGAUGUCGAACUUAGCCAUCGCAAUAGCGUCGUUAUGCGACUAGAGACACAAAUCGAAAGCUACAAGAAGAGCACAGACAGUAAAUUCAAAGAGGUCAUCAUUACUUUGSAAGGAGAUAUCGAAAAACUUAAGCGCGAGCUUACCAGUAAAGGUGAAGAGUGUCAAGGUUACAUUAAAGAGAUAGAGCUUCUUAACCAAGAGAUCUUCAGGCUUAAAGAGCAACUUGUGAAGGACCCCAAUCGAUUCCACACUGAAUAUGUUAUUGGUCAAAAAGAGCAAAAAGUGGCACAUGAGGUGAUUGUGUCAGAGCCUUCGAUAUCGUCGUCGGAAAUCACUCGCUAUGAGAUGAGCCCAAAGAGAAUGGUCACAGUUCGAUCACCGUUCGAAAGAAAAGAUGAUGAGUCGUCUAGCACAACAAAUGUGACGACCACAAAAUACACUAGAAUACAGAGAAGCACAAGUCCACUGAUUAAAGUCAAAGUUGACCCCUCCGGUGAAGACUCAUCCGUGUCGGCAACUUCCGAUGACGGUUCUACAUUCUUUACACAGAAAAUCACCAAGACCUACAGAAGUGAUAGUCCGGGGGGUGCAGUGAAGGUCAGAGUGGAUUCCCCCUCCGCACAAGUCAGGGUUGACCCCAUCAGCGAAGAAUCCAUGACCGCUACUGCUGAUGAUGGCUCUGCUGUUUAUUCUAGAAAAAUCAUAAAGUCAUACAGAACAGGAAGUCCUGGCACAGUGAAGGUCAGAGUCGACUCCCCCACCACACAGGUGUCAGAGUAUCGCACAGAGUCUAGUGGAGGUACAUUCCAGGGAAUAGCACCAUUCAAGGUCUCUGUUGGCUCAAAUAAAGGCGGGUUUGAAUCAGUCGGGGGUCGUCUGGAUGAAUACACCACAAAAGAUGGACGGAGAUCAGCGGAAACCGUCACAAGAGUAACGCGAGUCCAAAAGUCAUACAAGAAAGAAUCCCUUGGGCGAGACUCGGCACCAAUGUGAUUAUAACCAUAAUUUCUAUUCUCUCUCUUGGCGUCAUUCCGAGUUCAAGACUCGUGCAGACAGCAUAUACCAUUAUGAAAUUACAACAAAAUUGACGGCAUUUUGUACAAAAGACUUUUUAUUAGCGAUUGGAAUGUAUUUGGUGAGAAAUUCAACUUUCAAACCAUAAACCGUUCCUAUAUUUAAUGUGAACUUCUAUAGCCGAAGAUGUUCAACAUUUGAGCCGAAAGGCAGGGCAUUAGCUUUCUUUAUAAGUCAAGUCAGCGUUAGGGUUUUGAUAGAUUGACUAAGUCUUUAUUGGAUGAUAAUAGGACAAAGACAUAAGUAAGUGUUAGCUCGUUUUUUUUAGACAUUAUGAAAAAAAGGCGGGGUGCUUCUGUGAAUGGGAACAAUGCCUAACAAAACCCGCCAUGUCUCCAAGAAARUGGGACAGCCUGGCAGGACAUUUAACGAUAUUCGAAGAAAGAAAUAUUAAUAUGAAGUUAGUAUAUUUUAAUUGGGUAAGAAUCAAAUUCUUAGGUUUUAAAUGGUAUAAAAAAUUUAGAUAAAAUUGAUAGCUAAUAAUUUUUUAAAGAAGAAUAAUUUAUAAGACCAAACUGACCAACAUUGUAUUACAGCUUGUUCAUUUCCCCAUAUUCAGUUAUGGAUACUUCGUGAUAUAAUUCGAUGCAUUUUAACUUACUUCUUACUUCUAUUAAUGAAUGGUUGGUAUAUUAUGACCAUGUCAAGCGUGAGUCAAUGAAAUUUGUUGGAACAAUUUUGGGGUAAGCAACUAGUACAAUUAUAUAAAAAAAGAUAAAAAAGAUGGUCAGAUGAAAAUCGUUUUAUUCAAAGCCAUAGGCAACUUUUAAAAUAGUAGAUUUUAAAGAUAUAAAAAUACAAUGUUAACUAAUUCUUAGUUAAUAAAUUCCUUUUUUAAAUA